GUCAUGGUUCGUUCUCUUGACGCUGACACGCGCAGCAACUAUGGCGCGGGACUUCUUCGAUUCACUCAGUUCUGCGAUUCUAUCAACAUCCCAGAAGCAGAGCGCAUGCCAGCUGCAGAUACCUUAGUUGCCCAGUUUGCAGCGGCCUUCGCCGGCACUACCUCAGACAAGACGCUCAACAAUUGGCUAGCAGGUCUUCAAUUCUGGCAUGUCAUCAAUGGGGCUUCAUGGCAGUCCGCUCCGCUUCUCCAUCAUGCGAGACGUGGAUUCGCCAAGAUGGUACCCACCUCUUCUUGUCGGACCAAGCGUCCUCCUGUCACCAUAGACGCCCUAUGCAUUCUUUUUGACCAUCUUGAUCUCACCAUUGCCUUCAAUGUUGCCGUGUGCACAGUCGCUCUCGUAUCAUUCUGGUGUUGUUGCCGUCUCGGCGAACUCCUUAUCGCUAGCCCCAAUGUUUUCGAUCCUCUGAAACACGUUUCCCGUUCCAUCGUUCCCAUUCCAUCCAUCACGUUGUCGAAUCACGCUCAGACUCGCGCCUCCACGCUUCACAUCCCGUGGUCAAAGACGACUAAAGAACAGGGAGCCGACAUAUCCAUCAUGGCACGAGACCAUCGCACCUGCCCCUUAACAGCGCUAGAACGACAUCUCCUCAUCAAUUGCGACAUACCCUCACAUGCACCCCUUUUCUCAUUCCAGAAGGGUACAGGAUGGUCUCCCAUGACUCGUCCUCUCUUUCUCGCGCGGUGCAAUGAAAUAUGGGUCGCACAAGGCUUCCCCAACCUCCCUGGCCAUGUGUUUCGCAUUGGAGGGACUACGGAGCUAUUAUUGCAGGGCACUCACCCGGAUAUUGUUGCUAUGCAGGGGAGAUGGACUUCAGAUGCGUUCUUGGAAUACUGGCGUUGCAUUGACACGAUUCUGCCGCUGUUCAUCGCAUCCACAGCCAAUACACAACGUUUACUUGAUCUAGAUAGAACCAUGGAUGCCUUC